CAAAGGGCUUGCAUGCCAGCCACUUGCGGUUUGGCUGACGGUGGGCAGACCAGCUUUUCCCAGCCAGUGGCAGGCCCAGGCGUUUUAGCCUCGGCACCGCCAGAAGGAGAGCACCGUCGGCUCCACCGAAGCUGCGCAGGUCAGCCGAGGCCAGCUGGCAGUGGCAGCUGCUAUCCGCUACCUGGCCGCCCACGGCGUUUUGUA